GGCGAUGACGAUGACAGCGAGGACAUCUACGACCACAGUGCAGGGAUACUGAUGACGACGAGGAUGAGGACUGGAACGACACUUGGCACUCGUCGGCUGCAACGUCACAGCUCGCCUAAUAGCUUUCCCGACCAAGACGACGGCAAUGACGAAGAAGACGGAGUAGAAGCAGAUGAUGAGGAGGAGGACGACGAAGAUGCGGAGGAGGGAGAAGAGGAAGAGGAGGAGGAGGAGGAGGAGAAAGUGGAGCAGAUAAUCCUCCUCCUCCUUAUCAUGGUCUAGCCGCUCGCUAUUUCCGCGGCGAUUCGAACGUUUUCGUUGAUUGAUGGACGAAAAACUCCUACACUUUCCAAUUCACGACCGGACCUUCCUCCCCCUCCUUGUCUUUGUCAAUAUCCACCAUACACGUACUGCCACGUGGCAUCCGCAAAUGGAACCCUUUGAUAGACCAUUCAGACCACUACACCACGUCGAUUCCUUCGGCUGACCCUGCUGCUUGCCGUUACCCUCCCCCGCGCCUCCCCUCCCUCACUCCCCCCGGCCCCCCGUCGCGAAUUGGACACACCAUGACGCCUACUGCCAUCCAUUGUUUCCACACCUUUUCUCAUAUUCACCGACGGAUCCGCGAACCCGAUCAUGGACAUUCUCGAUCACGAAAAGGCAAUCAUGGACAUACUAAUUAGUACCGUCUCCAAUCAAAUCCCUUGUGAUCC